UCCGCAAUGCAUACAGCGCAAACGACCAAACUUAUUCUGUCCCUAUUAUUUUUUCCAUUCAAAAACAUGUGCAUCAGCUUUAAAACGCAAUUAUUCAAAGUUGUGCUGCCUACUAUGCUUUAAGUGCGUAUGAAGUAAAGUACCGUUAAGUAACUGAAGUUAACAGUGGCUUCCAACAAAAUAGCACAGAAUUAUAAAAAAUUAUGGAAUAGUAUAAAGAAAUAUGGGAAUGUCCCUAUUAUUUUUUCCAACACUGUAUAUCUCACUGACCAGUUGAGCAAUCUUACUGCAAAUUAUAGAAAAUAAAAGUGAAUGAAAUUUCCUAAAAAUAUUGUCUACUUCAUUUUUCCAUAGGCCUUAUAAUUUCUGAGAAAUUGAUUAAUAACUUCGUGUUUUUAAAUUUUUUUAUGAAAAAAUUAAAAAAAAAUAAACUUUGGCAAGGAAAAAAUUUUAAAACAAAAGAUAUUUUUAAAUUCUUGUUUUAUUUUAUAUGAAGUCCUGUUUCUUUAUAAAAACAUAAGCUACCAACGAACAAAAUCCAUGGAUAAAUAGGAAAGAAAAUCAAUCAGAUCAAAGAAAUAUAUCCAAGUCGCGCAAAGUCAAUGUAUUCGUAUAUGCGUAUGUAGUGUGUAAAGUAGGGGUGGGAUUGUUUUCGAAUAUCAUUAGAAUAAACUAAUAACGCUAUUCAUUUAAACAAAAUCAAAUAAUACUUCUAGAACAGUAAUACUCAAAUACUAUUGUAGUAGGUAGUUUGCACCGUAAGCUAGAGGUGUUAGGUUCGAAACCCCUGUAGUCAUGUGUGUGUGUAGGUAUACAGGCAGAUUUUCGAAGGGUAAUUAGUUGCGGAAAAUUCCUAAUGCAAAUAAAUUUAAUUCAAACAUGCAUACCUACAUGCACACACACAUAUGUAUCUUGGUAAAUCCAUUAUUUUUUUCAAGGCCAACAUAGCAGGUAGUAUCUUCUUUUCCCGGCUCGUUAAUAUGAAGGAACUUUUUUUUUAGGUAGGUUUUGCCUUUCAAGGCCAACAUAACAGGUAGUAUUUUCUUUUCCCGGCUCGUUAAUAUGAAGGAACUUUUGUUUAGGUAGGUUUUGCCUUUUUUUUUAUUUUUUCGCGAUCAAGCUAUAUAUAAGGAUAAAUGCCCCUUGAAAAUUCAUAAUAUCUGUAAGGCUCGCCGGUUCCAGUUUAUAAUUACAAUAUAAGAAACCGUGAGCUAUUUUUAAAAAUAAAAUGAGUAAACGUACGCGAGAAUUUGAGUGUACCAACGAUCCGGAUGUGUUCUGUUACAUAUGCGGUGAAUAUACUCUUGUGCGGCAUCGGAGGCAGUUUACAGAUUCGAUCCAAUCUAUAUAUUCAAAAUAUUUUGGUAUUGAGCCUAAAAAUAUUGAUAAACCAUGGACUCCGAAUGUUUUGUGUUCCUUGUGUCGAAUAAUAUUGGUUCAAUGGGAAUCAGGAUCAACAAAGCGAUACAUGAAAUUUGAUGUACCAAUGAUUUGGCGAGAACCUACAUGCCACUCAGAAGAUUGUUAUAUUUGUAUGACAAAAGUACUUGGCUUUGGAAAAUCAAGAAAAGUGAUUUAUGCUAACGUACCUACCGUUUCAUUGUCAGUUCCACAUUCAGCUGAAGUUGCGUAUCCAGUUUCGUUGUCAACAGCAGUAUCUGAAAGCUCAUCUGAAUAUGAGAAAUCAAGUUGUAAUGAAUUUUUAAUGGAAAACGAGAGAAACGUUCUAUCACAAGCGCAACUAAACGAUUGGAUUAGAGAUUUAGAAUUAUCCAAGGAAAAAGCUGAGCUACAUGCCUCUCGUAUGCAACAAUUUCAAUUCGUGUCACCCCAUGUUAAGGUGACAUAUUAUAGAAAUCGUCACGAACCAUUUGCCAAACACUAUACGAAGGAAGACAAUGUAUGCUAUUGCAAAGACAUUCCAGGGUUAUUCAAAGAGUUUGGUCAACCAUAUGAUUCCAAGGAGUGGCGAUUGUUCAUAGACAGCAAUAAACUGAGCUUGAAGGACGUAUUACUGCAUAAUGGCAACAAAAAACCCUCGAUCCCUAUCGCGCAUGCAGUAAACACGAAGGAAACAUACGAGGUAAUGGAGAAAUUGUUAAAAUUCAUCAAAUAUGAAGAGCAUGAUUGGAAAAUAUGUGCCGAUCUUAAAGUCGUUGGAAUGUUAUGCGGUCUACAAAGUGGCUACACAAAACACUGCUGCUUUCUCUGCAAAUGGGAUAGCCGAGCUCGUAAAGACCACUAUUGCAUUAAGGAUUGGCCGGAAAGAGUUGAAUUUACAAUUGGUGUGGAUAAUAUCAAAUACAUCCCACUUGUAAAGAAGGAAAAAAUCAUUCUUCCGCCAUUGCACAUCAAGCUCGGCCUCAUUAAAAAUUUUGUUAAGGCGUUGGACAAAGAAGGCACAGCAUUCCAUUAUUUGCAAAAUUUUUUCCCAAAUGUUUCCUAGGCCAAGAUAAAGGAAGGUAUAUUUGUUGGACCCCAAAUAAAAAAGUUGAUAAAUAAUGACCAAUUCAAAGGACUAUUGUCACCAGUUGAGGCAGCAGCGUGGGAUUCCUUCGAAAUGAUCGUUUCUUCUUUUCUCGGUAAACACAAAAGUCCAAACUACGAGAAGAUAGUGAGCGACUUAAUCAAAAAUUAUGCAGAAAUGGGUGAUUAUUCAAAACUUAUUUAAUUGAAUUAUAUAAAAUUUUAUAAUUUACUUAUUUACAUUUUCUUUUUUCUCCAGGCGUAAAUAUGUCUCUAAAAAUUCAUUUUCUGCAUUCCCAUUUAAGUUUUUUUCCGGCAAAUCUCGGAGACGAAAGUGACGAGCAUGGCGAAAGGUUUCACCAGCAAAUGAAAUUAAUUGAGAAUCGAUACCAAGGUUUCUGGGACGUCGGUAUGAUGGGUGACUACUGUUGGUUUCUCAUAAGAGAAACCGAUCCUAAACUAAAUAAACGACAAAACAAAACACAUAAUCAUUUCGACUAUAAUGUAAGAACAUCAACUUAAGACAAAAAUAACACAUUGUUUUAAUAUAUAUUCUUCUUCUUCUUAAUUGGCGUAGACACCGCUUACGCGAUUAUAGCCGAGUUAACAACCGCGCGCCAGUCGUUUCUUCUUUUCGCUACGUGGCGCCAAUUGGAUAUUCCAAGCGAAGCCAGGUCCUUCUCCACUUGGUCCUUCCAACGGAGUGGAGGUCUUCCUCUUCCUCUGCUUCCCCCGGCGGGUACUGCGUCGAAUACUUUCAGAGCUGGAGUGUUUUCAUCCAUCCGGACAACAUGACCUAGCCAGCGUAGCCGCUGUCUUUUAAUUCGCUGAACUAUGUCAAUGUCGUCGUAUAUCUCGUACAGCUCAUCGUUCCAUCGAAUGCGAUAUUCGCCGUGGCCAACGCGCAAAGGACCAUAAAUCUUUCGCAGAAUUUUUCUCUCGAAAACUCGCAACGUCGACUCAUCCGCUGUUGACAUCGUCCAAGCCUCUGCACCAUAUAGCAGGACGGGGAUUAUGAGAGACUUAUAGAGUUUGGUUUUUGUCUGUCGAGAGAGGACUUUGCUUCUCAAUUGCCUACUCAGUCCGAAGUAGCACCUGUUGGCAAGAGUUAUCCUGCGUUGGAUUUCUAGGCUGACAUUGUUGGUGGUGUUUACGCUGGUUCCAAGAUAGACGAAAUUAUCUACAACUUCAAAGUUAUGACUGUCAACAGUGACGUGAGUGCCAAGUCGCGAGUGCGACGACUGUUUGUUUGAUGACAGGAGAUAUUUCGUCUUGCCCUCGUUCACUGCCAGACCCAUUCGUUUUGCUUCCUUGUCCAGUCUGGAGAAAGCAGAACUAACGGCGCGGGUGUUGAGGCCGAUGAUAUCAAUAUCAUCGGCAUACGCCAGCAGCUGUACACUCUUAUAGAAGAUUGUACCCGCUCGAUUAAGUUCUGCAGCUCGAACUAUUUUCUCCAGCAGCAGAUUGAAAAAGUCGCACGAUAGGGAGUCGCCUUGUCUGAAACCUCGUUUGGUAUCGAACGGCUCGGAGAGGUUCAUCCCGAUCCUGACGGAGCUUCUGGUGCCGCUCAACGUCAGUUUACACAGCCGUAUCAGUUUUGCGGGGAUACCAAAUUCAGACAUCGCGGCAUAAAGGCAGCCCCUUUUCGUGCUGUCGAAAGCAGCUUUGAAAUCGACGAAGAGGUGGUGUGUGUCGAUUCUCCUUUCACGGGUCUUUUCCAAGAUUUGGCGCAUGGUGAAUAUCUGGUCAGUUGUUGAUUUGCCAGGUCUAAAGCCACACUGAUAAGGUCCAAUCAGUUCGUUGACGGUGGGCUUUAAUCUUUCACACAAUACGCUCGAUAGAACCUUAUAUGCGAUGUUGAGGAGGCUAAUCCCACGGUAGUUGGCGCAGAUUGUGGGGUCUCCUUUUUUAUGGAUUGGGCAUAGCACACUUAAAUUCCAGUCGUUGGGCAUGCUUUCGUCCGACCAUAUUUUACAAAGAAGCUGAUGCAUGCUCCUUAUCAGUUCUUCGCCGCCGUGUUUGAAUAGCUCGGCCGGCAAUCCAUCGGCCCCUGCCGCUUUGUUGUUCUUCAGGCGGGAGAUUGCUAUUCGAACUUCUUCAUGGUCGGGUAAUGGAACGUCUGCUCCAUCGUCAUCGAUUGGGGAAUCGGGUUCGCCUUCUCCCGGUGUUGUGCUUUCACUGCCAUUCAGCAGGCUAGAGAAGUGUUCCCUCCAUAAUUUAAGUAUGCUCUGGGCAUCGGUAACUAGAUCACCUUUGGGGGUUCUACAAGAGUAUGCUCCGGUCUUGAAACCUUCUGU